GUAUUAAAUACUAUGUUGUGUCAGUUGUCAAUUGUACCGCGGCGCGAGCGCACGUUGUAUACCUUAUCUUUUCACUUGCACCAUGGAAUGGUUCACAACGGAAUGUGGAAAAUACAGAAUAGAGUCACUGUCAGCUGCUACAGUUCCCGGUGCAUUAAAUGUUAUAAGAGUAGCGUUCUUCCCAGAUGAAUUCGUGUGCCAGAGCACGGAGGUAAACAAAAAUCCUAUAGCCGUAGAAGAAUUGUUAGAACUAUGCGCAGAUGCCGCUUUAGACGGAGUGUCUUUGGUUGCAAUUGAAACGGCAACAAAGGAAGUGGUAUCCGUCGCGUUUAACAAAUUGCAAAUAGCCAGCAGUACUGAAAAGCCGUUCUUCGAAAUAUUUGCUGAGGAAAGAUGCACGCAAGCGUCGUCACGGGCUGUAGUGCAGUUUAUGGCAGACAUUGACUCAAGAAUAAAUAUGUUUGAAAAGUAUCAAGAAGACUGCAGCUUGGAAAUAAUGUUCUUGGCCACUCUCAGAGAAUACAGAAAACAUAAAUUAGGCACGAUGCUGUGUAAAUAUUCCAUUGAACUAGCUAAAAAGUUGAAGGAUGGCCCUGUCUCGAAAAUAACAGUUGAAGACUUAGGCGCUGAGUAUUCGAAAAUGCAGUCUAGGGCUGUUACCACGAAGUAUCCGAAGUUAUGCCAAGCAUUAGGCACUGGUAUAGGUACUCAAAAAAUAACUAAUUAUCUUGGAUUUACGGUGCAUUUACGAGUGUCGUAUGCAGAAUUUGUUUAUGAUGGAAAAACUUAUCUUGAAAGGAUGGGAUACGAUCCGCAUUGUGAAGCCGUUGCUUUGAAAUUAUAUUAGUUAAGGAGUGAUUAUUUCAUUAUCUUUGUACGAGAAAUGUAAGGAAAUACCUACCAACUUGUAAAAUUAUUUUAAGGAAUUGAAUGAUUCUGUUUUUCGAUUAUGAUAACAUUAACUCAGUAUAUUCAGUAUAUAUGAUGAAUUAUGCAGUACAUAGUGAAGUUGUCACGAAAUUACACAUAUUGAAAUACAUACAAUUCCUAAAUAUACUUUUUUGUAUAUAUUUUUGGUACGUGUUUAGAGUACAAAAUAUUUCGUAGAUUUUUAAAGUGGCAUGUUAUAGUUUGUUUAUUGUAGCGCAGUAACUUCGACAGUUCAACGACAUUUUAUCGGCCGAGUGAUAUCAGUAAUUAAUAAGAAUUUAUUGUUAUUGCGCGACUCGUGAUGAUAUUUAAAUAUAUAGAAUAAUAGCAUAGAAUUUAAAUUUAUAUAUUUUUUUUAAUUAAUUUAAAACCUAAUGUCAGUAGCUUGUAAAAAAACUGGCACAUACGAGUGGGAAUCGCGCACUAAUUAUUUUUGUGCCCUAAUAUUUUAUUAUAAGUAAUUUAUUAAUUUAUCUAUCGAAAUAAUAAAUUAACAAGCUCAAAUUUCAUUUGGUACUCUGUUACAAGCAUAGUUUCCUCAUAGAUAGGACAGACAGAAAGAUAGACGGACGGAUAUGCGGCGAAAGCAACAACGUAAUUACUUUAUAAGUCUCUGUAGCCAGUUACCAGCCAAUGCGCACGAAACCCGAAAA